AUGUCCAAUUUUCGGAUGGUGAAUGGGUCGGAGUUAUUCUUGAUGAGCCACGAGGCAAGAACAAUGGUUCCGUACAAGGUGUGCAGUACUUCACAUGCGAACCCAAUCACGGUGUCUUCAUUAGGCCAUCUCAGGUGA